GUUUCGUCUGAUUGAUCGAUCAUCUGAUCCACUCCAUAUACUCAUGUCAAAACGCAAAAUUCAAGCCGACCAUGAUGAUUCCGACAGUGACUCGGAAGACACUCCGACGUUCAUCGAUGUAGAUUUCGACUUUUUCAACCUCAACCCAACGUUCGACUACCAUUCCAUCAAGCGUCUUCUCGAUCAGCUCUUCGGUGUAGAUGCUGAAGGUCUCAGCACACACGCCCUUGCGGACUUGGUGCUUUCACAGCCUGACAUAGGGACCACGAUCAAGACCGAUGGAGAGGACAGUGGCCCAUAUGCGUUCUUGAGUGUUUUGAAUAUCGGCGUACACAACGACAACGUGUCAAUAAAAUCGCUCGUAGAGUACAUUCUAGCAAAAUCGAAGGGAGACAAUGGCUUCCACGAAUCACUAUCGACGAUCCUGCGUGAUCCGCAGUGUCAAGUAGGACUCGUUCUAUGCGAAAGGUUGAUCAAUAUGCCUGUACCGGUGAUACCUCCCAUGUACCGCAUGCUCGUGGAUGAGAUCAAGGAUGCAGUUGAAGAGAAUGAACCAUUCAAUUUCACGCACCUGAUUUUCAUAUCGCGUGUAUACAAGCUUACCCCCGAUGAGGAGGACGCAAUGACUAUCGCACAACAACAAUCAGGGAAAGCAUCGAAACGACAAAAAUCUCAAAACACGAAUGGGGAAAACGAGAGAAGCGCGGACGGGGUAUAUCCGUUCCAUCCAGAGGAUGAGGAAAUUCGAAAGUUUGCCUCCCAUCAUCUGAUUUUUCCGUAUUCGAACGCACAGCCGCGCGACGCGGAAUCGUUUGGAUUAGACACGGCUGGGCGGUUGAUGCUUGUGCCAGCAGCACAGCUCACAGAGUUGGCAAGAGUGCUCGGGAAUGUAUUUCAGCCACCUGGAAAUGUGUAGACCAGCGGCAUGUUGUCAUGACGUGUUUGUACUGAUUUCCGAUAUAAACUGUUGUCGGUUGUAUCUUAUCUCUACCUCUUACCUCCAUGUCAAAUCUAACUCUCAUCUACAUUCCGUCUACCGUUUGAGCUUCUAGUGUUCUAC